CCCAAGGCCUUUUCCACGAUACCAAUGCUCCCCAGGGAGAGUUCAGGAUACCCACGUCCCACCCGUGGGCCAUCAACAAGCACAUCCUUGCGAAGGACGCGAAGAGCAGAACCCGAGCUUUCUCAUUGCAGCAUCGAUGGAGGACUUCCCGACAAGCUUCCAAGACCAUGGAUGGGCAUCGAUUCUGAGGCAGUUUAUGGCGCCAUUGAAGAGGAAGGCCCAGUGGAAUGCACACCGACCAGUCCAAGCAAGAGCCCCACCAGCCCCAGCAGCCCGGAACGAAGUGUGGCCCGAGAGCAGAACGCAGCGAGACAGUUCCUUUGGACGACCAUGGAUUCGGUGAUGCUGCGGCCAUGUGAAGUGGCCAACAGCCUCCCAAUACCUUUGGCGGCUGUUUUGACGCCUUUUGCAGACAGUGCUGACUUCACUUCUUUGCCUUUGUCAGACAUUGGCUCCGAAGAACCUUUAAGGUGUCCUCGUUGUAGGUGCUAUGCAAAUCCACAUUUCAAAUGGAGUGCGAAGGAAAGUCGGAAGUUCACAUGCAACAUGUGCAGUCAUAGCCUGGAUGUUCCUCAGAAGUUUCUGGACGACAUGGAACGCAAUGGCCAGUGUGCGGACGCGGACACCCAUCCAGAGCUGGUCUAUGGCUCCGUGGAUUUCACGGCCAGAGCCUUGCUGGAACCCGACCUGCCGGGACCCUUCGUGCCCUCGGUGUGCUUCGCCAUCGAGACGUCGCCAAAUGCCAUCGAGCGGGGCUUCAGCUGGGCUGCACUGGAAGCACUGGAGAAGGUCUUCCAGGCGCCACACUCUUUAGAGAGAGAUGUAUACCUCGUGACCUUCGACGAAGCUGUCACAUUCUACGUGCCCACCAGCCAUGGGCGCUUCCGGGCAGUGGUGAUGCCUGACAUGGAGGAACCAUUUGUCCCCGUCAGCCCAGAGUCGCUUGGCGCUCCUUGGACCAGCACUUGA